CGCGUCCCUGUUGUUGACGACGACGACGCGACGAGGGUCUGCUCUUGACGAUGACAACUCGUGAACGACGAACGACAGACAGCAGCAAUACACAAGCGACAGAUGGUUGGAUGGAUGCAUGCUCGCUGGGGAUGGGCGAGGUUAGGAUGGGAUUCGGCCGGUACAGAUAGGGCUAUCUAGGCUGCACGACGGGGUGGGAUGACACUGUCUCGCAUACCUACCCUGGCUCGGUCACCUUUGUCAUCCGUGUCUCAGACGUACUCAAUGCAUGCACCGCUAUCCUGGUGGCCUCUCCGAGCACCUUGGCCGUGUCCGCCAACAAGCCCCAACCAACCAAACCCAAUUCACGCCCAUCCCCUCCCCGUGCUUGCUCCUUGCUGGUCAUCCCAUCGCUGGUUACUUGCUCUCCAUCGACUCCCUCCAGUCUUGGUCCCUCUAGCCAGCCCAGAUGACCCUAUCUGCUCAACGGUGUCCGACUUCCAACACGCCUACAACCAACUUUACCAGUACCACUAUCGAACUUAUCCGCAACAGCACGAUAUAGUCGUGUAUCUCCCGCGUGGUGCUAGUGACUGCUAGCACUUCCCGGCUAGCCACCAACCGCUAUUUGCCAGCCGUUGGAGCCUCUCUCCGGCACUUCGCCCCGCUCUGUUUACCUCGUACAGGAAAGACGAGAAGAAAGAGCUGCCUGCCGGUGCAGAGUCUAGGCCAGUGCCGGAGCAUGAGCCCGGGGAGGAGGCGUGGUGGAAUGGCCAGCCUUGUCAUGGGUACUUCGCAGUUCCAUCCUCGGCGGCCGAGAGCGCCGACGCACCAGGAACGACGCGCAAGGUCGCCAAACCGGUGGAAGAGGCGUGGUGCGGCGGCCAGCCGUGCCCCGCUUGACGCUGUAGUCCCUUCUUCUUCAUCGGCUGCCGCGCAGGGAGAAGCAACCCCGGAGGCUAAGCCUAGGGAAGAGGCGUGCGGCGGCCAGCCUUGCCAGGGGGAUGCAGCCGUCCAUCCAGAGGUCAGUCCGCAUGCUACCCCCUCGCACACGCACAAGCAGACCGAACACAAGCAUCAACCCCAUCAUCAUUCCCAUCCAGAAAGCCACAAAUCCAAGCCCCCAAGCCCCUAAGCCGGUUCAGUUCCCUCCCCCCCGGCUGGUGCCCAGGCGGGGAAUGCCCGCCCGUCACGUCCCUCCCUCCUGGAGGUGGUGGGGUGAGUUCCCAGCCAUACCCGACUGGGUAUGUGCAUGUUGACAGAGGCAGAGGGCAUGGGGAGCUUUAGCAGAGAGGGGCUUCAUGUUGAGCAUUGGUUGAACCUUGGUUAGUUGAUAGACUGUCG